CGCGUCGGCACACGUAGCACUAGAACGUCGCGAGCCGUAGCCCCACAGGAGCACAAACCCCUGGACUGGAAGCUGGAAGGAUCGGGAGCGCGACAAAAACCCCCAAGAGCCACUCGCUGCUGCGCUGCAGUUCCCGCGAUAUAUAAUAUAACCGGCGGUGUGUGGCUGACCUCGCGUACGUAGCCCGCACGGCGCACGCGCUGCACGCCGCCCCGGCCCGCCGUCCGCCCAGCUCGACAUCGCCGCCGCCGCCGCCAUGGAUCCGUACAAGCACCGGCCGUCGAGCACCUUCAACGCCCCGUACUGGACCACCAACUCCGGCGCGCCCGUAUGGAACAACGACAACUCCCUCACCGUCGGCGCACGAGGUCCCAUCCUGCUUGAGGACUACCACCUGGUGGAGAAGCUUGCCAACUUCGACCGUGAGCGGAUCCCGGAGCGCGUGGUGCACGCCCGUGGCGCCAGCGCCAAGGGCUUCUUCGAGGUGACCCACGACAUCACCCACCUGUCGUGCGCCGACUUCCUGCGCGCCCCCGGCGUGCAGACCCCCGUGAUCGUGCGCUUCUCCACGGUGAUCCACGAGCGCGGGAGCCCCGAGACGCUGCGCGACCCGCGCGGGUUCGCCGUCAAGUUCUACACCCGGGAGGGCAACUGGGACCUGGUGGGCAACAACUUCCCCGUCUUCUUCAUCCGCGACGGCAUGAAGUUCCCGGACAUGGUGCACUCGCUCAAACCAAACCCCAAGACGCACAUCCAGGAGAACUGGCGCAUCCUCGACUUCUUCUCCCACCACCCGGAGAGCCUCCACAUGUUCACCUUCCUCUUCGACGACGUCGGCAUCCCCGCCGACUACCGCCACAUGGACGGCUCCGGGGUGCACACCUACACGCUCAUCAACCGCGCCGGCAAGGCCACCUACGUCAAGUUCCACUGGCGCCCCACCUGCGGCGUCAGGUCGCUGCUGGACGACGAGGCCGUCGCCGUCGGCGGCGCCAACCACAGCCACGCCACCAAGGACCUCACCGACGCCAUCGCGGCGGGGAACUUCCCGGAGUGGACGCUCUACAUCCAGACCAUGGACCCUGAGCACGAGGACCGCUUCGACUUCGACCCGCUGGACGUGACCAAGACGUGGCCCGAGGACGUGUUCCCGCUGCAGCCCGUGGGGCGGAUGGUGCUCAACCGCAACAUCGACAACUUCUUCGCCGAGAACGAGCAGCUGGCAUUCUGCCCGGGACUCAUCGUCCCUGGGAUCUACUACUCCGACGACAAGCUGCUGCAGACCAGGAUCUUCUCCUACUCCGACACGCAGCGCCACCGCCUGGGACCAAACUACCUGCUACUCCCGGCCAACGCGCCCAAGUGCGCACACCACAACAACCAUUACGACGGCUUCAUGAACUUCAUGCACCGCGACGAGGAGGUGGACUACUUCCCCUCCAGGUACGACCCUGCCAAGAACGCGCCGAGGUACCCAAUCCCGGCCGUCCACAUCACCGGCCGCCGAGACAAGACUGUGAUUGCCAAGGAGAACAACUUCAAGCAGCCUGGGGAGAGGUACCGCGCAAUGGACCCAGCCAGGCAAGAGCGAUUCAUCAAGAGAUGGGUCGAUGCACUCUCUGACCCCCGACUCACCCAUGAGAUCAGGAGCAUCUGGCUCUCCAACUGGUCUCAGGCCGACAGAUCUCUGGGCCAGAAGCUUGCGAGCCGCCUCAGCGCCAAGCCGAGCAUGUAAGAUCAGAAAACAGCGCAGGGGACUGAACUCUGCUUCGCUCAUGGAAGAAAGGAAGACAGCCUGAAAAAGAAUCCCUCUUAUUGAUCGGCAACACCCAACCUGAUGCUCCAGUCAUUCUUGCAUGCAUACUGAGUCUCUUCUUUGUAUAAGAGGACAUAACAUAUGGUUCUGUCUCAUUUCUGUACCAAUCAAUCAUCAUCAUGUAAUAAUCUGUACUUGCAGACGUGUCUCCACCUGAUACUACACUGGAUUAUUGUAAGUGCACCUGCUUGUUGAAUUCAGGACACAUCAUACAAUAAAUUAUGACAUGUCUUUGUUAGGAUU